UUAUCAGAUAUAGCUUUAGUGCGUACAUUUAAAUAGGGUAACAAACAAGUGUAAAACAAAAUGCAGUGAUUGUAACAGUAUUUGUUGAAAAUAUUUCGACGCUCGCGAAGUGAAUGAUCUAUUCCCGAUAUUUACAUUCUGUUCAGUUUAACCUUUUUGUAUGUGCGACAAGUAAAACUAACGGGGAUUAACUAUUUAACUAAUGGAACAAUCUGACUGGAGAUUAAAGGCUGGUCGUUAGGGACAACCCUCAACAAUGAGAUUAGAUUAACAGAUUAAUUAUGUACCCGUUCGUGAAAUCUAUAUACGGUUUUAAGGAAUAGUAACAUUAUUUUAUAACGGGACAUACACAAAAGGAUUAGAGGGAAUUUGAAUUACUCUUUUUUCUCUUGGACAAAUUUUGAUCUAAACUUUAAACAUGGAAUCCACGGAGGAAAGGAAACGGCGUAUUUAUGGUCCGAUUCGGAACCUCCAGGUGGAGGAGAUCCGGACUCGCCUGUCCAAGAGUUGUGUUUUGAAGCCGGGGGAAUAUAAUUACACCGACGAUAAACUGAAGGCAGUCAAUUAUGGUACUAGUUACGACACCGACUUCUCCGGCGCCAUUCCAGACCCAAGUAACAAACAAGAACAGAAAGGUCAGUUGACACACCAUUUUGAGCUGGGUAAUGACAGUGGUGCUAAUGUAGACGUAAAAACCUACCAAGACAGUACAACAAAGACCGACUUCCAGGAAAAGCCAUGGUGCAAG